CCAGCCCAGGGGUCAAAGUCCGCUUAUGCCAGGACUUCCAAGGAAUCAGAUUUUUCCUCAGAACUCUUAAGACCUUGCUGAGGGACUCUUCAGGUAAAGGAAUAUUCAUUUUCACACCUGUGUGGAUCGUUCUGCUUUGUGGGAAUGCUGCUGCAGGUGGUGCCGUUGUAUUUUUGCCUCCGUUUGACGCUGGCUUCCCAGGAAGAAGCAAAGCUCACACGUUUAUCACAGAGUCUGUACCAGUCGGCGCAGGCCCCAGAGGAAGCCAUCUUUGCCGAAACGUUUGAUUCAGGUCCACUGGACAGGAGGUGGGUCCUGUCCAAGGCAUUAAAAGAGGGAGAAGAGGAUGUGCUCAAAUAUGAUGGGGAGUGGGCCUUGGAAGAGCCUGUGGAAAACUCAGACAUGCAUGGGAACAGAGGCCUGGUUCUGAAGUCCCCAGGCCGACACCAUGCUAUUUCUGCCUACCUUCGUGCUCCCCAUUACUUCAGGGACAGGCCCCUUAUUCUGCAGUAUGAGGUCUUGUUCCAGAAUACCGUUGGCUGUGGAGGGGCCUACAUCAAACUGCUCUCUCAUUCCAGUCAGCUUCGUCUGAGCCACUUCAACAAUGCCACUCCCUACUCCAUCAUGUUUGGUCCUGACAAAUGUGGGAGCAGCCACAAGGUCCAUUUCAUUGUCUGUGAUGGUGAUCCACUGACUGGACUGCACCAGGAGAGACAUGUCCGGCAACCAGAUGCUGAUCUGAAGGAAUACUUCUCUGACCAACGGCCUCAUCUGUACACACUACGUUUGUACCCUGACCACAGCUACGAAAUUCUUAUUGACCUAUCACUGAUUAGUAAAGGCAGCCUUCUGGAAGACACGGAUCCUCCUCUAGUUCCCCCAGCAGAAAUUUCUGACCCCAGUGAUAAGAAACCUGAAGACUGGGAUGACCGACCCCUUAUCCCAGACCCUACGGCAACCAAACCCCUAGACUGGGACGAAAACGCUCCAGCCCUCAUUCCUGACCCCUCGGCACAGAGACCUCCCGGGUGGCUGGUGGAGGAGCUUCCCUUCAUCCCUGACCCUCAGGCAGAGCGUCCACAUGACUGGGAUGAGGACAUGGAUGGGAAAUGGGAGGCGCCUCUGAUUUCGAACCCAGCAUGCUCACAGGUUAUUGGCUGUGGCCCAUGGAGCCCACCCAUGAUCUCUAACCCCUCCUACAAGGGGAAAUGGAGGCCCCCAAUGAUAAAGAACCCCAACUAUCAGGGGCAAUGGUAUCCUCGCACUAUCCCAAAUCCUGCAUUUUCUGAUGCCCCCCCACCAUUCCAGAUAAGGCCUGUGGCUGCAGUGGGAUUGGAGCUGUGGUCUGUGACGGGGGGUGUGCUUUUUGACAACAUCCUGCUGUGUGAUGACCCAGAGGUGGCCCGCCGCUGGACUGAGGACACCUGGGGACAGAGACGGACUCCAGGAUUGGUACUACAACUUUUGAUGGCUGCACACAAGCGUCCCUGGUUAUGGGGAGUGUACGUCUUCAGCGUGGGUCUGCCUAUCAUCCUCUUCAUCAGCGUUAUGUGGCCAGACAAGCGAUUUGGACCUCCUGACAUGGAGUAUUACUACAAGAAGUCAGACGAGCCUCAAGCAGAUGGACCUCAGGACUCAGAAGGACCCACCAAUCUGACAGAUGGCUCUCAGGACCCAGAAGGAUCCACCAAUCUGGCUAAUAUAACUGAUGGAACUGGAGACCUUACAGGACCCAGGAGAAGGGAGAACAAGAAGCCCCAGAAGUCAGACCUGGAGCUCAAGAUUGGGAAAUGACUUGGAACUAAAAGACACAGAGGGGGAGGAAAUUCAUUUCAAGGCACUGCAGUCCAGCCCCAAGAUUUCCACUUGGAACUGAGAUCACAUGUACUGUAUACAACCUGUAAGAGUUCUGUAAUGUUGGGGCUGAAGUAGGGCAUAGUACCAUACUGAGAGAAUAAAAUCCAGAAUAACUGUAUUGACCCCUGUUCUGUUUAUAGCCACAGUUGAAUUGAAAUAUGGUUUUAGUCACCAGAACAACUUGAACUUUAACCAAGAUUGAUGGCAACAGCCCAGAUUGCUUCAUGCUCCAGCUUGCACCUGACAGGAUGCUGGGUGCUGGGUACUGGGGGGGGGGGGAGUCUUUACAGUGAAGUUAGCUGAAGUGUAGGCAAGCAAAUCAAACUUAUUUAGUAUUUUGUUAUCCUGGUAUUCAGUUCAUCCUGCACUGCACAUUUAUUCUCUUCAGAAGCAUUGCACAGCUUCUGUCUCCAUCGGGCCCCCUCCAGGGUAACCGGCAACUCAGCCACACUUUUUUCACUUCCUUCUGUUGUUAUAUGGGACGGUCAAAACUGGGACCCGAGUUGAGCAAUUUGCCCUGUUUUCUGACGGAUCUUGCACCACAAGUUAGCCGCUUGUGGAGUUGCACUGUAUCAGAUGUCCUGGUUCUACAGGGCAGAGCAUUAAAACUGUCUCCACUUUUCUCUCAGAAAAUCCAGCCACAGAAAAGUUGUGAGACAAGGCAUUACACAACUUUUCAUAUAAUGAUAUUCACAUCUGUCCUUCUGCAUUAUCUCCUGCUGUUAGGCUAAUAUUGCUACAAUGAAGAAAUAAAAAUACUGGUUAAAAACUAGAUUGCAAAAUUUUAUUCGAGUGGUCGAGUCCUUACCAACGUGGUGUUGCUCCAUUGCUGUACUUUCCUUGUCAUUUUUAUCACAGACGUUAAACUGCCUGUUUAUGACACUCGGUAUGUUUUUUAAACAUAAUAGUCAACCAUUCCUGUUUAAACUAUCAAUGCUCAGUAAGGGCCCAGUGUUGAAAUUGAGCUCUGCCUGUUCAUAUGUGCAACCGGUACUGCCUACGGCAUUGUAUUAGUGCUUAAUUGUACUUGUCCCAAACGAAUUAAAAAGAAUAUAUCAGACGCUGAAAA